AUGGAACCGACCAGUCUCGCGUUUAGAGCUGUCAGCACUGUCGCUCUAGCCGGACUCUUCAACAACGCCGUAGACUGCUUCGAAUACAUCCAACUCGGCUGUAAUUUCGGCAAGGAUUUCCAGACCAACUUGCUCAAGCUUGAUAAUGCGAGACUCCGGCUUUCUCGAUGGGGCGAGGCCGUGAGGCUAGACGGCGAGGUUGCAAUUGUCAAGUCCUUGGAACCGACAGCGCUGUCAGCGGAGGAUGUGCCAACGGCUGAGGGGUUGAUUGGACAAAUAUUGGACUUGUUUGCCGACGCUGAAGGGGUAUCUGCGAAAUUCAAGAGCUGCGCAGUUGUUGGCGACUCGAGCCUGAUGGUUCUUGAUGCGCAAACAGACUUGGACCCUGUCCACCGGACCCUGCAUGAGAAGAUGCGUAAUCUGUCCAUCAGAAGGCAGAAUAGGACUCCUCUACGACAGAAGGUGAAAUGGGCAUUGUACCAAAAGAACCACUUCGAGAGGUUGAUUGAGGACGUCGUAGAGCUGGUCAACGCUCUUGUCGAAAAGUUCCCAGCGGUACGGCAGGCACAGCGAGAUCUCUGCACGGUAGAAGUCUCAGAGCUCGGGACCAAUGAGACUAUUCCCGUCUUAGAAGGUAUUGCUGCGUCUCAAGACCAAGACCUCCAAGCUGCAAUAUCAACGGUUUUGAAGUCUAAUGAGAAGAAGAAUCUGACGAGACUCCAUAUCUACCAUGGCCAGUUACGCGCAACUUGGAACAAGCGCUGCGUGCUUUGCGACUACCUGAUAGAGACCGUCUUCUUUGGGUAG